UGUCCAAAGCUGGGAAAUCUAGUCUGAUUGAUAAGCUCAGACUGCAAAAGAGAAUAAAAGCAUAAACAACCAUAUAAUAACUCAGCUGUGCAUUUUGGUGUGGUUUAUAAACUGUCAUUUUUGCUAUAACAAUUUCCAUCAAAAAUAUGACCAUUUUUUGUUUAAAACUUUGGUUUAUCAACAUUUUCUCCAAGACAAUAAAAUAUUUUUAACCAACUAUUCUGAAGUCAAUGAUUAUCAGUGGAAGGAUACAUUUACUGCUCUUUAUACUUCUUGCUGGAAGUCAUACCAGCUACAAGCUAGGCUGUUUCUAAGAAGUGAUUCUGCAGUGAAUCAGAGGAGUGCUCUGAGUAUGACUGUGCUCCUUCUUCAAAAAUUCCAUGUUUAGUCUGACAAGAAAUCACCUCUGAAUCUUUACGAUGACCAGCAAACUGUUUACCAUAAAUUUGUUUUGGUUUCCUUUUAUUUUCAAGUUAAAUAGCAAGUGCAUUGGUGGAAGAAAACUGAUGGAUUGUGAUAUCUUACAAAGGCAAUCAUAUCUUGGGCUAGAGGCGAGACCUAAGCACUGAUUACGCAGGCCCUCUCCUUCCCAAGUGCUCUCUUUACAACCACUUCCCAUUUAACAUCCUGAGCACUAUUUGCUCCUGUGGGGAAAAAAACCCAAACCUGUAGAAGACCUUUAGGAGGGCUCUGUCUUCUCUAAAAUGUUUGACAGAGGUGAUUGAGUAAUUACAACUUUUAUGGGUGCUAGUAAAUGUGGGAUGGAUAUCAAUCAUUGACACCUCAAAAUGUGCAUUAUGAGGAGGGCUGCACACAAGAGGAUAAUAGAAAGGGGUGGAAGGGAGGUUGAAAAUGGCAACAAAAAAAGAUCAAAGGGGAAGCAAGAGAGUGGUGCUACAAAACGUAUUGUUGGAAAGAAAUUAUGAAGACAACAGGAGAUGGUAAUAAGACAAAUCUAGAAAAGCUGAACAAAGAAAGGGGAAGAAAUAGGGAGAACAAAAAACUAAAUACGGAACUACCAAAACCAAACAGGAUUUUGACAUGUUUGAAAGGGAGUGAAAAGCCAGAUACAAACAGAAAGAAGGAAAAUUUGAUAGAAUUAAUGCAAAAAAUAAAUAUUGACAAUGUAGGAUGGUCAUGUUAAAAAAAUUAAAUAGGUAACAUUAACAACUUGAAUGUAAAUACACAGUUUACGUUUUAUAGUCCAAAGUAAUGAUGAAGAGAUCAAAACCUCAGCUGAGGCCAGAUUUUUGAGUCAGAUUAGACUAAUCUAAAUUUAACCGAAGGAACAUGAAAGCAGGAUGGAACAACAUGGGGCGUGCAUGCUGCCUUUCUUUUAGACUCAAAAAAGGCAACAUGCUGAGUAAUUCCAGAAGAAACAUGUGGAUUCUGGAAUAACUCAGACAAUGGUUUUGUUUUCCUUAUCUUUAAAUAUUUUCUUUCCUUAAUUAGUGGUGGCAGAAAACUAACAUGUGGUGAGAUUUGAGAAACCGCAAUAACCAUAUUAACUAAAUGAGAGUAGAUUUCCUUUCUGAGCUUUAACAUAUGAACAAAACCUAUCUACAUGUGAGGGCUUCAUUUGCAUAACAUGCAGAUUAUCAAAUAGUUGUGUUAAAGAGAAAAAACUUUCCACUUGCCACAGUGUGAAGGUGAAGCACAAAGCAUCUGUAAAGAAGGCUGGUUGGACUUUAUAACUGGAUUAAAGGAAAAUGUGUUGAGAAGUGUUGAGGCUGAUGGUAAAUGUGCUUGAGGCAGCCACAAUAAAAUGUAACAGAAUCAUACAUCCUCUUUCACCUGGCAUACAGAAAAUUAUUUUUCUGAAAUCCUUGGGAAAGUAUUUUGAAGUUCUUCUCAGCAUAUUUUUCUGUGAAGUGUACUGCCAAAAUGAAUUCUACAGGCCUUGGUACCACAGAAUAUCCCAAUUACCCAGACUAUUCAGACUAUGGUUCUCUAAUCAUGCCACCUUGUUCUAAGUCGGAAGUCAGGAAGUUCACAAAAGUAUUUCUGCCAGUUGCAUAUUCAUUGAUUUGUGUCGUUGGCCUUGUUGGUAACAUCUUCGUAGUGAUGACCUUUGCUUUAUAUGAAAGAACCAAGUCCAUGACAGACGUGUACCUCUUCAACAUGGCCAUAGCAGACAUACUGUUUGUUCUCACUCUUCCACUGUGGGCAGUGAAUUACGCUGCUAAUGAAUGGAUUUUCGGUGAUUUCAUUUGCAAAAUGACUAGAGGUAUCUAUGCAAUCAACUUCAGCUGUGGCAUGCUGCUUUUGGCCUUUAUCAGUGUGGACCGGUACAUUGCUAUUGUACAGGCUACGAAGUCAUUUAAACUCAGAGCAAGGACAGUCGCAUAUAGUAAACUCAUCUGUUUGGCUGUGUGGGUAUUGUCAAUUUUAGUCUCUAGUUCCUCUUUUAUUUACAGUGAAAGUUACAGCUUCUCCAUCAAUGAAACCAAAGAGGUUUGCGAUAACAGGUUUGACAAAAAGUCUGAAAGUAAGAUGCUGAAAUCAGUGCUCUUGUGGUUACAAGUUGGAUUUGGAUUUUUUAUACCUUUCAUAUUCAUGAUUUUUUGCUAUACCUUCAUUGUCAAAUCCUUGCAACAAGCUCAGAAUUCCAAAAGAAACAAAGCAAUCCGUGUGAUCAUAUUAAUUGUAGCUGUUUUCCUAGUUUGCCAAGUACCUUAUAAUAUUAUUCUUCUUGUGACAGCUGUAAACAUGGGAAAGAUAGACAAAUCUUGUGAAAAUGAAAAGAUAUUGGCUUAUGCCAAAUACACCACUGAAACCAUAGCAUUUUUACACUGUUGUGUGAACCCUGUGCUCUACGCAUUUAUUGGAGUGAAGUUCAGAAGUUAUUUUGUGAAGCUAAUGAAGGACCUAUGGUGCAAGAGAUACAAGAAAUACAAUAAACGUAGUUCAAAGACAAGCUCUGAUACUUACCAUUCAAGACAGACUAGUGAAAUUCUGACUGACACUGGAUCUUCUUUUACUAUAUAAUAGACUUUGAACAACGUUAUUACUGAAGGAUUCUUCUCACUGAGCAAGCCAAACCAGUGUCACUGUGCAUGUGACUGCAAGUCAUUUGAGCUUCUCUGUGCUUCUAAGAGAGCUUCCAUGAUCUACAACUCCUUUCAAGAAACCAAUUAAGAUAAAAGAAUAACACUGUCCUGUGUAAAACUGAAAUCUUACUCACUUCUCUUAAUGCUUUUCUGAAGUAUAUUCUCUUAGAAUUUUAGGGAAAGUGAAGUUUACAGAGGAAGUCUCCUCAUUUUGUAAGGGAAAAAUUGCAUCUCAUCUGUCCUGCAACACUGAAAUGUCCCC